UAGAGUGCAGGCUACAGAGUGCUUUGGAAAAAAGGAGAAAGUGGCGCGCCUAGCGUUUUCCACACGUUUUCAGUCGCGACAUGCAAAAGGGGUUUGGUUUGAAGGAGAAUAUUAUUAUUAUUAUUAUUUUUUAUUUUUUUUUUUUCUGGAUUCGGUCGAGACCAACGAGAACAUUUGGCGAGUCCAAUGACCAAGUCCAAGACCAGUCCGAGUGCAAACACCAACGAGUCCGAGACAAGUCCGAGUGCAAACACCAACGAGUCCGAGACAAGUCCGAGACGAUAGAAAAGACUCGAGUAAUACAGCUCUAACGCACAGAACUCUCUAAGACAUUCUUCAACUGGUCUCACCCCAUUUCAGUGUGUGCUUGGAUAUCAACCCCCCAUGUUCCCUUGGCCUUGGCCUUGGUCAGGAGAACCGUCUAUGUUACCUUCAGUCGAUGACUGGAUUCGUUGUAGUGAGAGGGUGUGGGACAGUGCUCAUGUAUGUCUCCAAAGGGCUGUCCUGAACCAGGAGAUCCAGGCCAAUAAACGGUGUCGCCCACACCCUCCCUACCAGCCUGGCUCCCAUGCAGAAAACUCAGCCCAAGUCCACGUGGAUGCUGACCCCAACGUCGAGAAUCAAGAGCCACCUCCACCACUGGACAUUGAUGGAUCUCCUGCAUAUGCGGUAAAGGAGUUGUUGGACUCCAGCAGGAGAGGGGAUCAGCUUCAAUAUCUGGUGGACUGGGAGGGGUACGGACCUGAGGAGAGAUCUUGGGUAGCCGCCCAUGACAUCUUGGAUCCUUCAUUCAUUGAAGACUUCCAUCGAGCCAGGGCCGAUCAUCCAGCACCACGGCCAAGGGGACGUCCUCGUCGAGCGCCAAGAGUCGCUCCUGGCGGGGAGGGGGGGAAUUCAGUAACGCCUAGCCAGCAGUCUGCUCUCUCUGCUUCUCUGGUUACUUCCUGUUUGUGUGGUAUUUGGCAGGGCCAGGCUAACCAUCCUAUGUGAAGUAUUGCAAGUCUACCUGCCUUACCGAGCGUUCUUAUUUCAUUUUUUUGUCUAUCUUGUGUAUAACCAUUGCCUGCCUUUUUCCCUGUUUACGUUUUUGGUUUUUCCCUUGCAUAGUUGUUUGGAUUGGGCUGCCUUUCUGGUUACAAACUUUGACUGUCUCACGUUAUUGCUAUUUGCCUUCUGUUUUUGUCUUGUCUACCAAGGAUUAUAUUACAGUAAACUACUGCACAUGUAUCCUAACUCAGCUUCACCCUUAUUACAAUAGACAUACUUACUGUAACAACAACAAAAAUGAAUAAAAAUGACUAGAAUAAAAACACAACAAUAUUACUAAAAAUAAAAAGGAAACUGAAAACAUAAAAAUAAAAUCUAACUCAAAAUCUUAAGAACUAAAAUAUUAUCUCAAUGACACUAAAAUAACACUGAUACAAACAGACAAUAAGUAAAGUAGUUAAAAAGGAUUUAAAAAAGAAAACAAACAGUGCAGAACUACAGAAUAGAACAUAAAUACUGUAUCAGAUUAUUGAUGAGAAUAAUAAUAUAUUUGGUACACAAGUAAAGAUUAUUUUAAAAAAGUCAAUCAUUUGACAGGUAUUUUCAUCUUAGAGCAACAGUGAACAUCUUUAUGAAUGUAUCAUUAUAUAUAUAUAUAUAUAUAUAUAUAUAUAUAUGUGUGUGUGUGUGUGGGUGUGUGUGUGUGUGUGUGUGUGUAUGCUAUAUAACAAGUGGGUGAAAAUGAUCCUCUUUUGCAUUUCUUCUGUUUAAA